AUGACGUAUGCACGGCGGUUAAGGUUCGACUGGCUCGACUCGAACGGCACGGCUCAGCGAAACAACACGUACAAAAUACUGUCUCACUACACAUUCGGACGGUGGCGGAUGACAGGGAAUUGCUGGGGAAGACCACGUGGAUCACCGUAUUACGGGGUUACCGUCCGGCGUCCGAGUCUCGGGGCAGUGUGCUGGUGUUUAACACGAAAAAUUGGUCCGUCUUACAAUAUAAAAUAUUGUCCGGUACCAGAUUUCUCGUAUUACAGCGGGGAGAAGACUGUUGUCAAUCGGUGGCCAGCGGCCUGUAUUUCUGUGGUACCAUGGCGGCUGGUCCCGAUGAAAAUUAGUCAAAAUUAUGAUUGA